GUGGGCGGGGGGUCGUUCGGGGAGGUCUACAGAGCUCAGGACAAGCGCGAUGGACAGCAGGUAGCGCUCAAGAAAGUCCCAGUGAGGAGAGGAGAGGAGGGACUGUCUGUGGGGAUAUGGCGCGAAAUAAAGGCCAUGCAGCAUGGCGAGCAUCACAAUGUCGUUCGGCUCCUGGACGUGAUCGUGCAUGGCGCCACCGUCGUACUUGUCAUGGAGUGCAUGCGAUGCUCGCUGCAUGACGUGAUCAGCCGUCAGCAGCAGCCCCUUCCUCUCCUCCUCCAGUGGAGGCUGAGCAAGGGCAUGCUGGGAGGGUUGGCACAUCUUCACUCUCUCGACCUCCUCCAUCGCGAUCUCAAGCCAGGGAACGUCCUCGUCAGCCAGCAUGGCGUCGUGAAGCUCGGGGACUUCGGUCUUGCGAGACUGAUGGCCAAGGCAGGAGAAGGAUACUCUUUCCAGGCUGCCACGAGAUGGUACAGGGCGCCAGAGAUGUUGUAUGCCGCCAACACGUACGGGAAAGAGGUCGACAUCUGGUCUGCUGGCUGCAUCAUUGCAGAGCUCUUCAACCUGUCUCCUCUGUUCCCCGGAGAGACCGACAUCGAUCAGAUGUACAAAAUCUUUCAUGUCUUGGGAACUCCCGACGUCUGGAUGGAAGAUUGGCCCCAAGUUGUACAACUUCCUGAUUAUGAUAAGAUUGCUUUCUCGCACAUGCCAAAGAAGAACUUCAACUUGUUGUUCUGCUCUGCCCCUCCAUCGCUUCUCGACCUCCUCUCGAAAUUGCUCGAGAUUGCUCCAAGCAAGAGAAUUUCUGCUGCUGAUGCUCUCGCGCACCCGUGG